CUUGAGGCGCCAAGGGGCAUUUCUCCCAGGUCUGCUCAUGGGGAAACUGCAGCAGCAGCAACAGGGCAAUGACCCUACUAACACCAGUGGGAAAGAGCAUCCCUGCCCCUGUUGCGAGCGGGUCUUCCCAACCGCCGAGCGGCUGGCAGUGCACGUUAAGGUGCACCAGGGUGGCCCCAAGCGACCACUCAAGUGCAAAGAGUGUUGCCGCAGGUUUCCCCGCAUCGACAAGCUACUUGCACACCAGGUGGUCCACCGGGUUGGCAAGCCCCAUCAGUGUGAACUCUGCGGCAAAGCAUUCACGCACAAGCAAACUCUCACGGAGCACCUUCUCCGGCACACGGGCGUGCGUCAGCAUCAGUGCGACCUGUGCCCCCAGAGCUUCUACUUCCGUGCCGACCUGACCAGCCACCGGCGCCGGCACACGGGUGAGCGGCCAUUCAAGUGUCGCGUAUGCCCCCGCCGCUUUGUUGGCCAUGCUGACCAGCUGCGCCACGAGCGGUUGCACAGUGGCGACCGGCCCUACCACUGCCCCGUCUGCCAGCGCAGGUUUGGCCGCAACAGCGUCCUCGAGCGGCACUUGAUGUGCCACACAGGCGAGCGACCAUACCAGUGCCACCUCUGCCCAAACACAUUUACGCGCUCCUACCUGCUCCAGGACCACUUGAAGGACCACCCACAGCCGCAGCACUACCUCGGUUCUCUGAGUGUGCACACAAAAAUGAGAGGAAAGCCGCGGCAACGUAACAUAACGGCUGCUGCUGCUGUCUCCAUGUCAGCUGUGCCAGGAGGGCAACCCAGUUCAGCAUCUCCAUUACCUACUCAAACAGUGGUGGCUGCUUCCACAUCUUCUGUUCCUGGAAGGAAGCUUGAUACAGCACCUGUGUCAUCAGCCCAGGAAGCAGCUGCUGCUUCAACCUUAUCUGCAAUGCCAAAGGAGGUGCCGCAUUCAGCACCUUCACCGCUGCACAAUGCUAGUGCACCCAAAGUAAAACGGGCCUCGAAAUGCAAGGCAAAAGGCAAGGCAAAAGGCAAGGCAAAGCCUAUGUGCAGCCCAGUGAGCAGUUCGUCUUUGUUGGGUUAUUGCACCCUGUCCGAGGCGGAGCUCAGCAAUGCAUUUGUGCCGCCACUUUCAUCUUCGGUAAACCAGAAUUCGCACCUUCAGAAACAUGUCUACGAAAGAAAGCCAGGAAACCUCAGAAACGCGCGAGCAAAGCAGCAGCAGAAGAACAUGGUGGCUUCUGGCACCUCAUCUGCAGUGGUGAGCAAUGCGACACCUUAUAUACCAUCCUCAUCAUCUCCACGACCGACAGCUGAUAUGGCCGAGGUCAAACAGGCCUCGAGAGUUGAUUACAUGCACCGCCCAGCUACCAUCAUGGUUUCGCCACUGUCACCAGAGACCCAGACCGCAAAUCUGGUUGCGAGAGCUCAGCCCAUGAUGUAUCCCCCGGGCAGCUACAGAAUUUUACCAUCUCACAGUGAUUUAUAUGCAGCAAGUGAGCAGGGGCUGGUGGUUUCAUCUUUCACUGACCACAGUUCGCUGGUCAGCGACCACGCGUGCAAAGUGUUGUCGCAAUAUGCCCUCGAAGGCGCUGCUUUCCUGCUCCCCCAUGACGCUAUGCCAGGUGGUGGUCACGGGGUGUCUGAAGUAGAGCCAGAGGCUGGCCUUUCGCGUCCACUGUGGGGAGACCAGGAUCUGCAACAAACCGACAACCAGUGUAUCACAGAACUGAAGGAGGAGCUCAAUCUCAUGAAUUCGUUGUCUGCGUGCCCAGUUGUCCCAGAAGACAUAGGAAGACACUCUAGGUGUUCUUGGCAGCUCCGGUGCGCCCCCUCUGGGCUCGCACAGGCGCUGGCAGCUGCUACAGUGCAACUUUUGCCCAUUUGUGAGCCGCUUCGAGAGCGCCAUCCGCCGGCACCAGCUUCGACACACCAAGGAACGGCCGCACCGAUGCGAGUUCUGCCCGAAGAGCUUCCAGCGCAGGUAUCAGCUGACUCAGCACAUGACUAUCCGUCACGGCACCAAGCCCCUACCCGUCCCCAGGCAAAAGAUGCAAGACUUCAGUGGCCACAUGGCCCCACUCGACCCUGUGGACAAUUCAUCUCAAUUUCAAGUGGACAUGAGUGCGGACCUGUUUCCAUUCUAAGAGGAAGUCCAGGAUCUAAGCAUGCCUUGAAGUGUUGCAAGUGUGCUCUGUGGCAAGUCUUCCACGGUUGCAUAAAGCCAGUGCCAUGCUUCAGCUGACGACCUGAUACUUUGUACAUUUGAUGCACAUUUGACUCUUUGUGCGAUGCUAACUGUUUGACAUUCAGUAGGCUCCUUUUAAACAUAACACAAAGGGAAUGGAAAAAGUGUUUAGUUUGUCCAGAGCUUUGUUCAAGCUGAGGGCGUAAUAGCUUGAAACACUCAUUUAUCUUUAGUGCUGAAUAAGGCAAAAGAGGGAAUAAUUGUGUUCUGCUUCAAUUCUGGUAGCUUAUUUCACAUAUGCAUGCGUGUCACAAAAGGCAGUCAUUCAAUCACUGCAGCCACUGUGCUUAAAGUGCAACACUGUGCAAUUUUAGCUCCCUUUGUUUCAAGUUGAUGCACUACUGUAUUAUGCACCAAGUGACAUCUGUCUGGAUAAUCAUCAUUAUGACUCAUCCUUCUCCUCACUCCUGCUUGUGACUUCUGUGCAGUUAACAAGUUCAACGAGUUCUGCUUCCAUGGCAAGCAUAUAUUAUUUGGGCAGUUGCAUUUCAUUGCAUGAAACAGAAUAUGCAACAGGAUGCACGUACUUGUUAAUAACCUGAAAAAAGUGAAGGCCAAAGAGGAGUUGGACGAAACAGAGUUUCUUGAGCCUUUGGCGUUAACCUUCCCUCAUGGUUCAUAGAUGGCUGCUGUUUUAUACGUAGCGUAACUUCCAGCAAAGAUUCCAGUUUUUUCGGUAUCAGGUACAAAGUUCACAGAGUGCCUAUAUGUAGUCAACUGAAAUUGGCGCCCAGGUUCUCUUUCGAUCUGUUCAAGCAAACUGCAUUUAAAUGCAGUUCACUGUGUGCAGUGAAGUAGUGUACUGCUGUGCAGAAAUACAUUUCAUAAAAUGUUACUGUAUCUGUUUCGGUUAUUUCUUCUGUAGCAUGUUGUGGUGGCAAGGUGUUACGUUCAAAUGAAAUAAUUUUGAAAUCCCUU